AUGUUGGCCGUCCUGUCUGUGCUGUUUUUAUAUCAUUAUAACCCAGCUUGCGGCGUUUUUCAGAAACUUUACUGCAGCAUAUCAGACAGCUGUGAAUGCGACUUUAAGCCGAACAUCCGAGACCUGGAGUGGGAUCUCUACAAAAAUGUAUACGGACAACACCUGGCCCAGGACAUCGUGUCAGAGGAGGUGGCGAGGUUCCUUCAGAAUAAAACCCCUGAGCGGCCCCUGGUGCUGUCCUUCCAUGGCUCCUCUGGAACAGGAAAGACGUUGGUCAGCUCCAUGGUGGGAAAUCAUCUGUACGGCUCGGCGAUGAACAGCCCAUACGUUCACCAAUUUGUUCCCACCCUACACUUCCCCUUACCUGACCAGGUCAAUGAGUACAGGGAGGAAUUGAAGAGCUGGGUGCAGGGGAACCUGACGGAGUGCGCUCGCUCUGUCUUCUUUUUUGAUGAGAUGGAGAAGAUGCCUCCAGGUGUUAUAGACGUCUUGGAGCCCUUCCUGGGUCCCUCCCACGUUGUGUUUCGCACCAAUUACCGCAAGGCCAUCUACAUCUUCAUUGGCACCACAGGAGAGGAGGUGAUAAAUAAAAUGGCUCUGGAGAACCGGCAGGCUGGACAGGACAGAGAAGAAAUCAAGUGGGCCGACUUGCAGGAAGCAAUCGCCCAAGCGGCUUACAACAGCAACACAAGCGGCUUCUCCCAGUCCAGGAUCAUCCAGCAGAAGCUCAUCACCCGCUUCGUUCCUUUCCUGCCGCUAAACCGACGUCAUGUGGAGCGCUGUGUCCACUCACAGCUCUGCCAGCGGGGCAGCUGUGGCCGCAGUGACGUGGUGGAGGCAGUAGGGGGCUACAUGAUCUACACUCCCGUCAAGGGACAGUACUUCUCCUCUACGGGCUGUAAGGCCAUCCCCGCCAAAAUCAACCUCUUCCUGUGAACCGGGGGGGGGGGGGCUGUUUGUAUAUGUAAGGACUGAAAGGGAACCUCCUUCUUAGGUGAGUCAGUGAAAAGAAACAGAUCUCUGAGUCUGUCUGAAUCAGUUUCUCCCACAUGGAGGCCAGAGGUCAGAGCAGCAUCACUGGAGCAGACAUGGAUUCAGAGUCAAGGACUUCUCGUGAGCUGAACUCAAAACCCCCCCGAAUUCAAAGGCAGUUUUAUGCUGUCAAUCCUGAGCUUCCCUGAAGGCAUCGUUGCUGUAGCAGUUGGGACGUUUCCAACUGUGAGACCAAGAGUUUAUUCCCUGAGCAGCGUCUAAACCAGGAGUCAUGCUUCGCUCUACCUCAAACCCAACUCUAACUUUAAUUUAUGAACUCUUAAGUUGGUACAGUAUGGCUUCAGAUUUCAGCAGCAGUUGGUUAGCCAUCAGUGGAGGUCAUCAAUGAAUUUAUUUCAGGUCUAUUUACUUAUCUUUUCAGUAUUCAACACAGGAAGUCUCCCAGUUUUCCCACAGGUGGGCACAGCAGAUCCUACCUGGAGCAGCUUGCAGUUCAGUGUCUUGCUCAUCUCUUAGCCAACUAGCAGCAGUAGAAAGACGCUCAGCCUCUCUUCUCACUAAUGCAGAUUUACUAGUUUUACUAAAAGAGAUCAGUAGUAUCGUAAAAGAUUUGUUGAUUUUAAUCUUUCUGAAUGUUUUAAUUGUGGGGGAAAAAUCUUUAUGGUCAACACAAAGUUGCAAAGAGUUCCUACAUGCAGCAGUUAAGGGAGCGGAAAUGUCAAAACCUUUCUUUUUGGUAGCUAAGAAUAUUUUUAUUUUAGCUGUUAUUACAGUACACUUUAGGCUUUUUCUAAAGAUUGUUGGAAUGUGCACACUGGAAUAAGAAAUACAAGGUUUAACACUUAACAUCUUUGAGUUAUUGGUAUGUAAUUCCAUGUAAGAUUGAGAAAUUCGAGAAAUAUACCAGAGCUUUAAGUAAGACAUUUCUGGCAGAUUUUUUUUUUCUUUUGGUUUAGUGCUGAACCAAAUUUAUCCAAUAUAAUUUAACAAAAUACAACAAUUAUUAUAUCUACCAGUACAAGUCAAGUUAAAAUAAGGACUCGCUCAGCAGCUUUUAGUUUUCCUCUAAAUAGUCAGCGAAACAACAUCUGUGUUGUUCCAAACUGCAAACAGUAUGUAUUGAAGAUGUCAAUGUCUGAAAGUAUAUUUCCUCUGGAAGGCUGUAUUGGGUUUUCAACCUAAACUUGGAUCCUGUUUGAAAAGUGCCAUUUCAAUUUGUUUUAUUUUAAAUGGAGGAAGAAAUCUGAAGCUGAAGAUGGAUUUUACUUGAAAAUAUUAUCACUUUGAUGCUCACCAAAAGAGUUGUCAUAGUUUUGUCGCAUAUCAUCAGUUUUGCCAUCAGGGGGCAGUAAAUACUUCAUUUUGCCAAGAGGUGGAGGAGGUGAAGCAGAGUUCACCUGCAGCUCGGCGCAUUUUAAUUCUGCUCAUUUCAUAUGAGUGAGAUCUGUAAAAUAUCAUAUUGUAUUUUGUUUCUUUAAUGUAAAAUGCCUUGUAUAAGGUAUUGCCUAUGUGUUUUAAACACACUCAAAGUGCACUUUAUUGUUAUGGAGGAUAAAAUGGACCUGUUUUAUUAUUGAGCUGUAGAACUUGGCCUGACUCUGUCUUUAUAAAGGCAGAGUGUGUACUGAAAAGUCAGUAUGCAUCUGACAAAACAAAUACUACAGAAAUAUUGUCAUGAGCUUGAAGUGUUUGCAAGUAAUUAAUCACUGUAAACCAUUAAUUAUUUGUUGUAUUAAAUGAUGGCUGUUUGAAUA